AUGGACCUUCCUCCUAUAACAAUUUUGAAAAACUAAUAAUAAUUAGGAGUUGAUAAUUUAGUAUCACAAACACAUAUAUUCAAUCCCUAAAUACAAAAUCCAGAAAGUACUAAACCACCAAAGUAUUUUAUUUUUGUUAUAAAAGGCGAAACUUCAAUUUAAAAGUUGGUGACAUAAUUUAUUUAAAGUCUUAUCUGACAGAUGAUUAUAAAGGAGUUAUUUCUGGAGAUGGAAUAGCAAGCAAUAAAUUAGAAUGCAUCUAAAUUUUAGGAAGAAAUCAACAAUUUGUGGAUCAAUCUAAUAAAAGCUUACAAUAUAAGGUUGGCAGCUUGACGUUUUAAAAAAGCUUAUUUUAAGUUAUUACAGGCAAAAAAUAUCAUUAUUAAAACUUUUUAGAAUAAGAACGCUCUAGAUCCAUAGAUGAUAUUAGAGAAUAGGCAAUAAACGAAGCUGUUGAUUUAGAUUAAUGCUAAUUUGAUUAUGAAAGAAUUAUAAACGAACUUGAAGAAAAGGCUAAUGAAGAAAUUAUUGAAAACAAACGUUUUUAUUAACUUGCAUAUGGAUCAAAUAUAGUUUAUGGCUAAGAGAUUCAAUUUAAACAUAUCUAUUCAAAAUGUAUUCUUUCUUUUAAUAGUAAAACUCUUGCUAAAGAAAAUUGUUGCAGAGAGUUAUCUUUGGAAGAAAUACCCAAUUUAAAUUCAAAUUUUAGAAUUUUAUCUAUGAAUCAAGUUAAAAACGCAGGAGAACCUAUUUUAUACGGUGAUUAAAUAAUUAUUCAAAAUUCAAGUUAACAUAAAUGGUUUCUUAAUAUUUAAAAACCCACUUAGAUAUAUGAUAAAAAAGAUGGUUUAGAAGUGAAUUGUGCUUAAAUAGGAUUUCCUUUAAAAAUUGCUAGUUAUAUAGAUUAUAAAACUGAAUAAGAUUUGAAAGAAUAAUCUAUAAAAUAAAAAAUUCUUUUAAGUGGGGAUGUUCUUACAAUCAAAAAUAGAUAUUUGGGUGGUUAUCUUUCAAUUCGAAGAUAACUUAGGGUAACUGAAGGACUUGAUAAAAAAGAAGUUUUUAUACGAAAUUAUGAAACUAAUAUAACGUACAUAAAAAAUUAAUUUUACUUUAAUGUAGAGUAAGUGAGAAAUGAAAAAAUUGAUUAUAUGUAUUAAUUGUUUGUUGAUUCAUCAGAAAAUGCAGAAGAAAAUUUAAAUAAUUUAUGGUAAGUUUAACAUGUUGAUAGUUUAACCUUUUCAAAACCAAAUUAUGAAAGUGUUUUCUUAAUAAAACAUGUAUGUACAGGAUUAUUUUUGGAAAUUUCUCAUCAUGCUGUUGGUUUAACAUAUGAUGGAUUAAGAUAAGAAUGUUAGUUUCAUUUGAGAGCUAAAAAGACAUUAGAAGAUUAAAUUUUAUUAAGUGAAGCUUAUAAAUUAUAAUCAGUUUUGAAUAUUUAAAUGGAUGGUUUUGUAACAUAAGAAAAUUUAAUAAUUGUUUGUUUAGAUGAUAGAGUAACAGCAUAAAGGAAAAGCUAAAAAUAAAAUAUAGAAAGAACAUCAUUUUUAUUGAAAUUAGCCUCACCAGAAUCAACUAAAACGGCAUUUAGAAUUAAUUCUUUAUAAGAAUAUUUAAUAUAAUUCUAUAUUUUUUUAUAAGAUUGGGGAGUAAUUAAGACAUCAACUUAAGGUUUAGAUGAUAUCAGAACUUAUGAUUAUUUCGAAGCCUUUAAUAAUUAGAAAAUAUUAUAUGAUGAAAUUUUAUAAUUAUUUUAAACUUUGGAAAAUUUAAAAAUGUAUUUAACUAACGAUGGUUAGGCAUAGACAACUGAAUAAAAAUAAUUUAAACAAAAAUCUUUAAUGGAUAAUGAUAUUAUUAACUUACUUUUUGCUAUUCAACGAUUAUGCAAUUUUAUGAUAUUUGGAAGUUUGAUUAAUAAUAACUCCUAAGUCAUUGAUAAAACACCUUAAAAAAUUGCUAAAAUGAAACUUGACCCUUCUCAUUUAUCAUCAUAAAGAUUUAAUUGUAUUUAAGAAAUAUAUGACGUUCUAACUUUGUGCGUUUAAAAAAAUUCAGAUACUAGUAAUUAUGUUUUGACAUUAAAUAUGAAUAAAGAAAGUAUAUUAGAUUUUUUAUUGUAAUAAUUAAAACAUUAACGAAAACACAUCUCAAAUCUUAUAAAAGAAAGUGUUAGAUAUACAGAUAUGAGUGAAUCUAAAGAGAAUAUUAAAAAAUGGGUUAAUUAAUUAGAAGAUCUAACUUAAGAUAAUAUUGAAGAUUAGACUCUCUUUAUAGAAAUCUUAAGUCUAAUUAUGAUAGACCCAUAUGAGAAUCCUAAUAAAAUAUGUUAAAAUGCAUGUAGAAGAUUACUAUUCGGAACAAAAUCUCAAUAAGAAUAAUAAUCGCCUUUUCAUAAAGCUUUAGUUGCUUUAGAUAUAUAAGAAGAUAAUACUAAUUAUUAUCCAUUAAUUUAAUUUUAUCCAAAAAGAUAAAAAGGAUUGUAAAUGCAAUAAGCAAAUUAAUUUGGAUAGAAUAAUUAGAUUUUUUGCUAACUUUAUUUAAAAUUUAUUGAUAAAUAAGCUAAAAUUGCUUAAAGAUUUUAGAGUAAGAGACCAAAUUUAAUUGAUGUGGUGAUUGAUUUUUUUACUAUUGAAACACUCAAAGAAAAUUAAUUGGUUAAAUAGGAAGAUGUUAAAUUAGUGAUUCCAAUAUUUUAGAAAUAUGAAAAUUAUCUAAUGAAUGUUAUGGGUUUAUAUUCUUCAUUAUGUAAAGGAAGAAAUUUAAAAAAUAGAAAAUUUUUAAUGAAAAAUUGCUUUUUAAAUGAAAAAUUCUUAGAAAUCUGUUUAAAGCGUUAAUAAAAUGUUAAGUCUGAACUUAGAUUCGAAAAAACUUUAAUAGAGUUAUUUUGUAAUUUAUACUUAGAUAUUGAUCCAUUAAUUAAAGUUUCUUAAAAUUAUGAUCCAUUUCAAAAUAAUACUUAUAAAAUGCAAUUAAAUGUUAUUUAAGUGAUGAUAUUGAUUAAUUUAACAUAGAGAAUCCUUCAGGAUUUUAUUUUUAUGAAAACAAUGCUUCAAAAUCAUUAAAAAGAAGUGAUGAUUAUUAAAGUUUUCUUCAUCAAAAAGAAGCUAAAGCAGAACAUUAAUAACUUAAACUUUAUGCUACUAAAAUGUUAUCUAGGUAAAAUGUAAAUGAUAUCCGUUUGUAUUAUUUAGAUCUAUUUACAAAUGAAGAAUAUCCAGAACAUCUUAUUUAAGAAGCAAGUUAUGAUAUUUUUUAAUCAAAAAAAGCUAGCUUGAAUAAAUCUAAAUAUGACUAUUCUCGCCUUGCUUAUUUAUAAUUACAUUAUUUUUUAGGAUUACUGACUAUAGUUAAAAACAGUAUAAAUUUAGGAUAUAAUUAAUUGGACGAAAAUUAGAAGAUAUUUUCAAUAUUACCAAAUAUAUUUGUUGCAUUAAUUUUAUAACAAAUUCCUGAUAUGAGAAUUCAUAGAUUUUCAGAAAAUGAAUCAUUUAUAUAUAACUUAAACAAUUUAAAAUAAUCUGUUAACAAUAACAUUUGGGUUGUUACAUUCUUACCUACAGCUGAAUAAUUAAUAGAGAAAAAAAUGUCAAAAUAUAAAAAUAUUAAUAAAGAAUAUAAAAGGAUGAAUCAAUCAUCAAAAAUAUAUAUGUAGUUUUAAAGAAAUUGGAUUCUAUAUUUGUUAAUAUGGACAUAACAAUACUGUAAUGAUGAAAUAUUAAAAACUUAAGUAUAUUUAGAAGCAUUAUCAAUAUUAAAAGUAUUUGAAGAAUUAAAAUUAAAUUUAUAAAUAUUGCAAUUUUUAUUUAGUUCAUCUUAAUAGAAUGAAUCAAAUCCUAGUUCUCCAAGUUUCAGAGAUUUGGAUUAAUUUGAUUUUGAUGAAGUUGUACAUUAAGAAGUAUAAAUAAAAAAAUCAAAAACUAAUGCAUCUAAAUCUAUAUAUAAUAUAUUCAAAGAGCCUGAUGGAAACAGUAUUUGUGGAUUAUUAUUUACUUGUCUACUAACAUUAGGAAAAAGAACAAAAUUAAAUGAAGAAUUAUUACAAAGGAUAAUCUAAAGUUUCCAUUCACCAAAAUAUUCAAUUUAAGAAAUAAAUUAAGUAGAAAUCAUUGAUAAUUAAUAAGAAUUGAGAUAUUUUUCAAUUAUUAAUGGAAAUUCUAAUAGUGUAUAAUUGAUUAGUCCGAAAGAAGCAAUAUAAUUAUCUAAAAGAGCAUUAAAAUUUAUAACAACCUAGAGUGACAAUAAUAUAAUUUAAAAGAGAGUUUUAUCCUUUGAAAAAUUAAAAGUAUAUUCAACUAAAAUAAUUGAAUAAUUUGAAAUGUUUUUUAAACCUAAUACAUAGGAUUUACAAUAUUUAAAGUCAUUUUAAAAUAUAUUGAGAAAUGCAAGCGUUCAUUUAGUAUUCUUGAAAUUUUUAGUAGAUCCUGAAUAAGUUUAGAGUUCAAACGACAUAGUUUAUUUUUACAAGAGAAUAGUACUCUUUUUGGAAUAUUUUAUUAUAGAUAAUGAGAUAAAUGUAUAAAUAUUAUAGGAUAAUGAGUAUUUAUUGAAAAUUUUGGAUAUAAUUUAAAUACCUUAACCCUAAGCAGAAGACAAGUUUUAUAUUCCUAUAAAGAUCACAAGAUUAAUAUUCAAAUUGAUUUCUUCAAUCCCAGAAAACUAAGCUGAUAACUUAAUAAUAAAAAUAUUUGAAAGAAUUGACAAAAUAGGAGAUUAAUUGAUGCGUAGUUAAGAGUUUUAUCUAAAGCAAUAUAUUGUAGGAGAGAAUGAGGAAGAGAUAAAAUUGAUAUAAAGAAAAGUAGAUGUGAAUGCUGUUGCAAUUAGCAAUUUAAUUUAGUACUUUAAGAUCUUGAAAUCUUUAACAAAAACAUUUGAAAAGCCCUAAAAGUAGGUUCCAUUAAAUAAGCAUUUAAUAUUAUCUAAAAUUUUAAGAAAUAAAUUUUUAAAGAUAGUUUUAGCUCCAGUUAAUUAUUAUAAGAAUAUUUUGGUUCCAGAAUUGGGAACUGAAGAGGGAGAUAUAAAAGAUCCUUUACUUUAUCAUAGAAUAAAGUUGCAUUCAGAAUUAAUAAUAUUAUUAACUGAAUGUUGUUAAUAUUACAGAUUAGGUAUUUAAGAGAUGUAAAGAAUAUUAUUAUAUGAAUAAUUAAAGACUAUAUUAUUAGCAGCAAAUAGUGAAUAUAUUGUAAAGAGAGCAUAUCUAUAAUGCAUAUUUGAAUUGUAUAUUAAUUAAGUGAAAGAAGGACAGUUUGUUAAUGAUUUAGUAGAAAGUGAUGAAGUUAGAGAUAUAUUAUCAAGGAUAAUAAUUCCUGAAUUAGAUUAAAAAUAGAUUUGUAAAUAUUUAGAAGGAUUAUCGAAAUUAAUGAAUUAAGAUAGAAAUAUGAAAGUUAUUUAGAGAGAUUUGAGAGAUUCAAUUAAAAGGUAGAAAUAAACAUAUUUUGAGAAGAAACUUUCAUUUGAUUCACAAUCUGUAAAAGAAUUAGGAAUUUUGAGAGAUUCAAGUGAGUAUUGGAAGUAUUUGAGAAAAAAUGGAAUUUUUCAUUUUUUAGUUUAUACUUAUGAUGAGAUGAAAGAUAGAAUAGAUCUAGAAAAUCCAGAAAAUUCAAAUUUGUCUGAUGAAUUUGCAAUAAUUAAAUAAAAUGUUUAAAAAAUUAAAGAUAUAUUUAAUGUUCUUGAGAGAGAUUUCAGAGUAAAAAAAGAAGAUCUAGAUUUGGAUAAUUAUAGAGAAUUAAUAACUUAAAUUGAAGAGGUUAUUCCUUAAAGGAAAAUAACAAAAUUUGGUCAGAAUUUUAGAAUAGGUAUAAUUGAAGAAAAGAAAGCAAAUAAAUUAAUUUUUGAUUAAUUUAAUACUCUGAAAGAAGAUUAAACAGGAGAUAAGAAAUUAUAAGAAUAAGAAAAUGUAUAAAGAAUAGAAAAUCUAUUUAGGCGUAAUUUUAAAGUAUAUCUAAUUAGAUAUAAAGUUAAUACUAAUGAAUUUAAUGAAUAUAUCGAAAAUAAAGCACAAGAGUAAGAUAGGUUAUAAUUGAUUCUAGAUACAUGCAAUAAAUAUAAAACAUAUAUUUAAUAGAAUGAUAUUAAAGAAAUUUAUAGAGUAAAUGUAGAAUAAUUAAAAAGAUAAGAAUAAGUGAAUAAUAAAAAUAAAACUAUUUCAGAUUGGGAUUUAUUUAAGUAAGCUAUGAAUGAUUUGUUUGAAAUUAAAACAACCCAGAAAUUCGCUAUAAAUUAAUAAGUGUAAGCAUAUCAAAGAUAACAAGAAGAUUUAGAAAAUCUUAAGUAACAAUUUGAAAUAGCUUAUCGUAAGUAAAUUGGAAAAUAAUAUAAGAAAUAUGAAGGAUAAUUAGAAGGUUCUGAGGAUUUAUUAUCAGAUGAUAUUUAAAUAGAAUUAUUAAUCAAAACAUUAGAGAAAUAAAAUACUAAUUUAUUAAAUGAGACUAAUGUUUAAGACUUCUUGGAAAAAAUAUAAGGAAUAUUUUUGAAUAGAGAAAUAUAUUUAAUCAAAUUAUGUAAAAUAUUUUUGUAGUUGAAAAGACCAACUUAAGACGAAAUUGAUUCCCUUACUGAAGCAAAAGACGAAAAAUUCAAAGAAUAUAUUAGAUAGAAAUAGUAGAUUUUUAUAAAAUAUCAAAAUGCUAUGGUCAAUAGUGAUUUAGACAUUUUAGCUUUAGGAAUGUUGAAUGAAUCUGUUGAUGAUUAACAUAAGAUUGAAGCUUUAUAAUUCUUAAUUUAUUUACUGGAUUANUAAUUAAAUAAAAUGUUUAAAAAAUUAAAGAUAUAUUUAAUGUUCUUGAGAGAGAUUUCAGAGUAAAAAAAGAAGAUCUAGAUUUGGAUAAUUAUAGAGAAUUAAUAACUUAAAUUGAAGAGGUUAUUCCUUAAAGGAAAAUAACAAAAUUUGGUCAGAAUUUUAGAAUAGGUAUAAUUGAAGAAAAGAAAGCAAAUAAAUUAAUUUUUGAUUAAUUUAAUACUCUGAAAGAAGAUUAAACAGGAGAUAAGAAAUUAUAAGAAUAAGAAAAUGUAUAAAGAAUAGAAAAUCUAUUUAGGCGUAAUUUUAAAGUAUAUCUAAUUAGAUAUAAAGUUAAUACUAAUGAAUUUAAUGAAUAUAUCGAAAAUAAAGCACAAGAGUAAGAUAGGUUAUAAUUGAUUCUAGAUACAUGCAAUAAAUAUAAAACAUAUAUUUAAUAGAAUGAUAUUAAAGAAAUUUAUAGAGUAAAUGUAGAAUAAUUAAAAAGAUAAGAAUAAGUGAAUAAUAAAAAUAAAACUAUUUCAGAUUGGGAUUUAUUUAAGUAAGCUAUGAAUGAUUUGUUUGAAAUUAAAACAACCCAGAAAUUCGCUAUAAAUUAAUAAGUGUAAGCAUAUCAAAGAUAACAAGAAGAUUUAGAAAAUCUUAAGUAACAAUUUGAAAUAGCUUAUCGUAAGUAAAUUGGAAAAUAAUAUAAGAAAUAUGAAGGAUAAUUAGAAGGUUCUGAGGAUUUAUUAUCAGAUGAUAUUUAAAUAGAAUUAUUAAUCAAAACAUUAGAGAAAUAAAAUACUAAUUUAUUAAAUGAGACUAAUGUUUAAGACUUCUUGGAAAAAAUAUAAGGAAUAUUUUUGAAUAGAGAAAUAUAUUUAAUCAAAUUAUGUAAAAUAUUUUUGUAGUUGAAAAGACCAACUUAAGACGAAAUUGAUUCCCUUACUGAAGCAAAAGACGAAAAAUUCAAAGAAUAUAUUAGAUAGAAAUAGUAGAUUUUUAUAAAAUAUCAAAAUGCUAUGGUCAAUAGUGAUUUAGACAUUUUAGCUUUAGGAAUGUUGAAUGAAUCUGUUGAUGAUUAACAUAAGAUUGAAGCUUUAUAAUUCUUAAUUUAUUUACUGGAUUAUGGAAAUGACUAUGUUUAGAAAAAGUUCUAUAUUAUACUUAAAAAGGAUUAAGUAAUUAAAUCUAAAUUUUUUGUUUUUCUUAGAGGCUUCUUUUUAACUGAUGUUAAUUCAUAAAUUUUAUAAUUAGAAUAAUGUGAAGGUAAUAAUAGUGAAUAUAAAAUACUUUGUUUAAAAGUCUUAAAACUAUUAUAAGCUUUAUGCGAAAAUGUUAAUGUUGAUUUCUAGAAGUUCAUUGUUCAUUAAUAUGAUGAUGACUCAUAUUAAGCCAAUAUUAAUAUUGUUAAUGAAGUUUCCAGUUUAUUAUCAGAUUUAUUGGAAAAGGGAUAGAGUGUAUUUUAUAAAUUGUAGGAAAUCUACAGACAAGCUUUAGAAAGUUUAGUUGAAUUCUCAACAGGAUUUGAAGAAAAUAAAAAAGAAUUAUGUAAAAAUACGCGUUUAUUUUCCUUAUUGAACUAGAUUCUAUUAAAAGAAGAUUUCUUAUAAUUUAAAUAAUUGAAUGAGGAAAAUAAAAAUAUUAUAAAAGAUAAUCUAAUGAAAUCACAGAAUUAAGAAGAAGAUCUUAUUAUAAAUUUAAAUUAAGAUUAAAUUGAUUAUCAAAACAGAAAAUAUAACUCAUAUUAAACUCUUCAAUCUUUCAUCAAAUUAUUGUUGUUAAUUACAUAAGGAAAAUAUGAUAGAACUUGUUUGAAAUUCAUCUUAGAAACUGUUGAUCUUACAAUUCUUAUAAGGAUUUCAAGAUCCAUUUAUUAAGAUAGAAUUAAACCAAAAUAAAGAAAUAUUAUAUUAGAUAAUAUUUGUGAUGAAUCUAAAACUGGAAAACAUUAAUAUUGUACUAAUAAUCUAUGCCAUUUUGGAUUAAGAACUGAUGAAGAUAAUUUAUUAAUUUAAACAGGUUUUAAUAUUUUUAUUAUUUGUUUAAAAUUAUCUGAGCAUUUUCCAAAAAAUUCUUAAUUAGAAAUCUUCUUAUUUGAUGAAAAACAAGAUGAUUAAGAUGACUUUGUUGAUUUAAAUGAACCAUCAUAGUAAGAAGAUACAUAAUAAAUUUAUACUAUUCCUUAAUAAAAAAUAGUACCAAUAUUUGUACAAAAUCCAGAAGGAGAAGAAGAAAAUGCUUUACUUAGUAAGGAUUUAAAAUUAACGCAGCAAAAUGAAUUUUAAUAAAUUCUUCAAAAUGUAUAAAAUGAUGAAAAUUUUAAAUUUACUAGAAAACAACCAUUUUUUAAAUUUUAUAGGCAAUUCACAGGAAGGAUUGAAAUAUAAAAUGAAUAAGGAGAACUUGAAAAGAUUUUCUUUUAAAAACCCUUUAUUUGUAACUUUGUCACUCCUAACAUAAAGUAACAUUUAAUUUACGAAAUCAAUAGAGAAACAGAUGAAGACAGAAUGUAAGGAUUAAUUGAUUAAGCUGAUUUCUAUCAAGUUCAAAUGAUUCAUUCGUAAUAAAUUAAUAAUAGUUUUAUUAUGCAUUUUGGAGCAGUUUACUGGAGAUUCUUAAAAGAUUUAUCAUUUCUUUUAUGUUUGGUUAUUGUAAUUCUCUUAAUUUUCAUGCAUGAUAUAGUAGUAAAUAGUAAAUUAGGUUCAAAUCAGAUAGCCCCUGAAUCUGAAACUAAAAUGCCUGGAGAAAAUUUUGUUCGUUAUCUUAAUAAUGUAAUUCUUAUUCAUGUAUUUAGAUAAUAACAAUUAUAUAACUAAUUUUGAAUCUUAUCAUCGUUUUUUUCUGUGCAAUAGAGAGAUAUCCAAUUUCAAUUACAUAUAAUAGAGGUGAAACAAAUGCAAAAAGAGUUUAGAUUUUAAAAAAAGAAGCUGGAUUCUCAAUAUCAUGGUUAACAAUGAGAUAUUACAGUAUUAUUGGAUAUUUUGAAUCUGAAUUCUAAGGAUAAAAGGUUAAUGAAAGCGUAAUUAAAAAGCUUAUUCUCGUUACAUUUUUAGAUUUUGAUAACUUUUACAAUGUAAACUUGUUUUUUAUUUAGAUAUGCAUUUUUGGACUAACAGUGUAUGCAUUUUUUAAUCCAUAUAUAUAUGCUGUACUAUUGUUAGACAUCAUAAAACGAUCAGAAGAUCUAUAGAAUAUCAUCAAAUCUAUAACAUCUAAUGGUCGAAACUUAGCAAUAUUCUCUUUUCUUGGUUUUAUAGGCUUAUUAAUUUAUGCUAUAAUCGCAUUCUCAAACUUUGAUUGGAUGUUUAAUGAUGAAGAUGGUGUUUAUGGAUAGACAUUUAUUUUAGCUGUUACAUCAACAAUUAAUUUUGGUCUUCGUAGUGGCUUAGGAGAUUCAAUGAAAAUAUAUCCAGAGCCAUAUGAAGAUCCAACAUUAUAUUGGGGGAGAUACUUCUUUGACUUCUCGUUUUUCAUAAUAUUUAAUAUUUUAUUCAUCUAAAUAAUUUUUGGUAUUAUUUUAGAUACUUUUGGUGAAUUAAGAGAUGAAAGGUAAGCCUUAGUUAAAGAAAUUGAGGGAAAAUGUUUUGUUUGUAGUCUUGAUAAAAAUGAUAUUGAAACAAAGUAAUUUCUAAUCUUAUAUUUAGUGGAACAAAAGGAUGGCAUUAACAUAUAUAUUUAGAACAUAGUGUCUAUCAUAUGCUAUACUAUAUCAUAUAUAUCAAAAAUAAAGAUCCAAAUGAUUGUAAUGCCUUAGAAAAGUUUGUCAAAAAAUCUAUUGAAACUAAAGAAACUGCUUUUUUCCCAUUUGGAAGAGCUUUAUAAAUUGAAAAUUAAAAUGAAGAAGACCAAGAAACACUUGAAUAAAGUGAAUCAUGA